AUGAAUUGCUCUGAAGAAUGGGCGGAGAUAUCUAGAGCCCUUGAAAAGUACUGCCUUUCUACAAUGUAUGCUUUCGAGUUCAUAGUUGGCAUCAUUGGUAACAGCAUUGUUGUUUUUGGCUAUAUCUUUUGCCUCAAAACCUGGAGAAGUGGCAACAUCUACCUAUUCAACCUAACACUGUCAGAUAUUGCAUUCUUGUGCACACUCCCGGAACUGGUGUCAAGUUACUCCAAAGAUAUUUUGCCCUAUAAUAUCACUUGGUGCAUUAUCAACAGGUUUUUCCUCCAUGGCAACCUAUAUACAAGUAUUCUUUUCCUCACUUUUAUCAGCAUCGACAGAUACCUGCUUAUAAAGUACCCCUUCAGAAAUAAUGUUAUGCAGAAGAGAAGCAUGGCCAUUCUCUUUUCACUGGCCAUUUGGAUCGCAGUUUUAAUGGAAGUGUUGCCCAUGCUCAUAUCCAUCUCACGUCAGAAUGACACCAGCAAAUGUUUGGAUUUUGCAAGUUCAGGAGAUGCAGAAUACACUCUUAUCUACAGCAUGGUUUUAACAAUAAUUGGAUUCAUCAUACCCUUGUGCAUCAUGUGCUUUUUUUACAUGAAGAUCCACACCUACCUGAAAAGACGAAACUCAGAGCUCACUGCUGUCCCAACACUUGAGAAACCUCUCACCUUGAUCAUCAUGGCAAUGGGUAUCUUUAUGGUGCUCUUUACUCCUUAUCAUAUCAUGCGCAAUCUUAGGAUUGCCUCCCGAUUGGCAGGUUGGAAGCAUUCCACAGUGGAACUUAUCAAGAUUGUUUACAUUCCUACCAGGCCAAUUGCUUUUCUAAACAGUGUAAUUAACCCUAUCUUUUAUUUCUUGAUGGGCGAUCACUUCAGGGAGAUGCUGAUGAGUAAACUAAGAUAUUUCUUUAAAAGGUUUAUACCUUGCUGCAGUGAAGUGAGGUGUAUCUUUCAGACUGACAAGAACCAUUCAGAAGGAUGAACAUCUUUGAUAAAUGAGAUGCAGUUUUCACCAGGCAUUUGAAUAUGCGAUCAAUGUGUGGAUGGCACCCAACUCUACAUCUUCCUUCAUUCACUUGACUUGGGGUGUCUGCUCAGAACCAUCCUUGGAAUCAUAGUAGAAGAGAAACAAGCCUCCUUCAUGUAUACACAAGAGUCACACGAUUGAUCCAGUCCUUGCCAUCACAUAUCCAGGCUAUUCUCACUUGGGACCUCUAAUCAUGGUGAUAUGCGAAGAUAUGUGAAGAGGAAGCCCUUCCUAAGAGAGCUGCUCAUGCAUACAGGCAUCUUUUGAACAAUUGUGUAGUGGAGCCAGGGCUCUCAGGGUCAAAGCCCUAGGAGUUUUGAUUAGGAAGGACCGU